AUGGGGAAGGCCGCUGUGUGGAAGAAGCCUUCCUUUCAGCAGGCCCUGAAGAACACGACCAAGCCGAAGAAGAACGAGAAGCCGCCGAAGCAAGGGAAGGGGACGAAGGACGGGAACAAAGGCGACAACAACACCGGCAAGCCCCAGGACAACCAGGCCUUGACCGAGGCUGCCCUCGCACAGUUGGAGAACAAGGACCCCCAGUACGUCUCGGAGUACAUCCAGAACUUGGGUGACAAAGAGCAGAUGCGAUUGUGGAAGAAGUUCGAAGCGGACCGGAAGUCCACCGGUGAGCACGAUGCCUAUGUAAUGGCAACCCAAGGAGUUGGCUCCAAGAAAAAGGCCAAAAGGCGGCUGCAGCAGCAAGUCGACACCUACAUGGAGCACAUGGCGAAGUUCUCCACGUCGCACGUGAAGGGCAACAAGGCGGUUUGGCAGCCUCUUCACUUCAUGCUCAACAUGAAGUAUGGAGCGAGAGAGCUGAAGGCGAAGAAGGAGACGCAGAAGAUGAUGCAGCACUCGGGGAAGUGCACCUGGACCGACUUCAAGGUCCUCCACGACCUGGAAAACGGAAAGCAGCACCUCCGUUUCGAAUUCCCGGCAGAGGACCCCAAGAAGAAGACCGAUGAGGCCGACGAGCACCUCACACCUCUCAUCGGCAACAAGAAGAAUCACCAGUUCGACGACUACGGCUUUGGCAAAGCAGGGGCAGCGGGUUCAGCGGCUUCGCAGGCCUUCACAGCUGACAGCAAAGCUUUGAGAGCCCUGGAGAACUGCGAAGGCCUCGUGGCAGGCAAGACGGUGCCCAAGGACAAGCUGCAGCUUGCUGCUGUUCGUGCCAAAGGUGCUUGCGGUGAAGUCCAGUCGCUUUUGGAGGAAAAGCUGCUUGAGACCGAUGGCAAGGAGAAGAAGGAGAUCCAGGGCAAGAUCAAAGACUUGAAGGAAGUGAUCAAGCUUUUCGGGGCCAAUAAGAUGGACGACAAGAAGCUUGUGGCUCUGGUCCGCCGGUCGGCAAAGGUCGCAAAGGCCUGCUCUGAGGUCUUGUCCCUCGAGGACGACAGCUGA